CUCUCCCACUACAACCCACUUCACGUCACUCGCUCGCCGCACGAAAGAUCGUCGUCUGCAUUCGCCGCAACGAAAUCUCGAGAAAUCGUCGCAUCGACUUUUUUCCAGAGCAACUUUGCGACCGUCGUAUACGAGUCCUUCGAGCCGCGCGACACUGGUACAAUUGCGCCGUACCAUCUCCAGCCUUUGUUCGCCACUUCCAACGUCUCGGACGCCUUCACUGGUAGAAUCGGUCGGCUGGCAAACAAAGCCUUUCUCUCCCUCGUCUCCUCUCCUCCUUCCCCCGCAAAAUCGUCUUUCGCGACUUCCGUCAAAGGACAUUUUAUUUGGUGAGAGAGGAUAUUUCCUGCCGAAAGUCAGGAAGUCAUGGCUCACCUUUAUCUCUUGAAAUAGUUAGGGCAUCCCCGAGCGCUUUCGUCAUUCUCCCGCUGAACGCCCACCCCGUUCAUCAAGAAAACGCCGAUCAAGUAGCCUGAGGAUUCUCUAUCUAUAUACAUUCGCCUACUGCCUCGGCGUGGGAUCGAGACCUUACCUCGGUUCCGAAGCAGCUUCUAGCAUCGUCCUUUGAGACGAUCGUUUAUUGAGCGAAGUAGCCGUCGCCCAAAAAACACCGCCAAGCUGCAUUCACCGCUCUUCGUUCAGCUUCACACCGACCUUCUUUGGACAGCGCAAACCAGCCAACCGACAGAAGAAACCUACCAAGCAGUCGUCAAUAAGCGAAAAGAACUCCGGCGGAGAAGAAAGGAGCUCAGACGUCGUCGCAAAGUCUUCGACGAAAUCAACAACAUCUACACUGCCAAGCCGUACAAGCCCAAGAUGCUCGGCCCCAAUGGAGCCGCGACGGACGAGAAUGCCGAGGGCUUCAAGGAUGACCUCAACUGCGUCGUGAUGUGUCCCGACUGCAAGGAGUACCCUCCCAACUUAGUUGAGGAAUUCUCCUCUGGCGAUAUGGUGUGCGGUUCUUGCGGCCUCGUCGUGGGAGACAAGAUUAUCGACACCCGCUCCGAAUGGCGUACAUUUGCCAAUGACGACCAGGGCAACGAUGACCCCUCCCGUGUCGGCGACGCCGUCAACCCCCUGCUCAACGGCUCACAGCUUGAGACCACCAUCGCAUUCGGUGAUGGUAGAGACUCUAAGCAACUUGCCCGCCUUCAGAAUAAGUCCCAGAACGACAAGGCUAGCAAAUCUCUGAUGCAGGCGUACAAGGAGAUUGGUGCCUUCUGCGAUAGUAUCAACCUGGGCAAGAACGUCUCUGAUGCAGCCAAGCACAUCUUCAAGCUGACGUACGACCACAACUUCAUGAAAGGCAAGCCGCAGGAGGCUGUUAUCGCAGGCUGCAUUUUUAUCGCCUGUCGUCAGACUGGUGUCGGCCGUACCUUCCGUGAGAUCUUCCAGGUCACCCAUGUGUCCAAGAAGGAAAUCGGCAGGGUUUUCAAGCAGCUCGAGUCGUUCCUGCAGAAGAUCAAGGAGGAGAACCCGCGUGGUGCCGGCUCUCUUUCCAAUCUGGACGGAUACAAGGCCAGCGCAUCUACCAGUGCCGAGGACCUCUGCACUCGUUUCUGCUCCAACCUUAACUUCCGCAAUGCGCAGAAGAUUGAAAACGUCUCGCGCGCCCUCGCACGCAAGACGUCGAGCGUCUCUGAGUUGGCCGGUCGUUCGCCUCUGUCUGUCGCCGCCGCCUGUAUCUACAUGGCAUCUCACCUCAUGAAGGAAUCGCGAACCUCCAAGGAGAUUGCCUCGGUGGCAGGUGUCAGCGACGGCACCAUCAAGACAGCCUAUCGCUUCUUGUACCAGGCUCGCGAUAGACUCAUCGAGAAGGAGUGGGGUGCGGACAAGAAGGCAAUCGAUAAUCUUCCGGUUAACUAGAAGAUUUCUGGUCGCCCUUUCAACUGCCUAGGCACUGCUCAUCCCCAAGGCGAGGCAGGGGAAAUGAUCUCCAUCAAAGUCGAGGCGGAAGAUUUCGGAGAAGACGUGAAACGUUUGACUACCAAACAGGAGUAGGACAUCACGUCAAGACAGAUCUCUCGGAGCCUCGUGCAGCCGGCUGCAUUAUUUUGGUCGUUAGCAGCGACUGCAAAACACAAAAAUAUCCAUGGGCGUUUAGGGGUGGUUUCCCUGUGCCCGCCGUCUCAGUCCGUCGAUUGGUUCUAGUCACCUGGAAUGGUGCAACCUCGAAGCUCUUGGAAGAUUAGAGCUGGAGGGUCCGAUUGCCGGCGAGACAGAAUUGCUUUCUUGCUCGCUUGCGUGGAGAGGUUUGGGAUGGGGACUCUGGAAUUAUUAGGACUGGGGUGGCUUAAUUGCAUAAUCAUUGCGGAUAUUCCCAGAUUGCUGCUUGGUUUCUUUACUACCAAGAGGAUUCAUAGCAUAGACAGCACGAAUC